GGAAACGAGCAGCAGCAGGCACUGUGCUGGCUCUAGGCUCCCUCGGGGAAAUUUUAUAUAGUUUAUAUGCAUUUUUGUAAAAUAUUUAAUAUCGUGUUUCCUACGAACUUUUAAUACUUUGAUACACUGGUUUUUUGACAUUUUCUAACAACGAAACCUGGCAAGGAUUGGCUGUAGCUUGCCAGCUUGGAAACACUGGAUUUUUUUCCCUUCUCCUUUCGACAAAGGCUGCUGAUGAGCCAGCGAAGACUCUGAACAAAAUAACAACACGACGCGUUUUUUAAGUAUAAUUCAGUGUAGUAAUAACCGAUGCACUGUCUUGCCACUUUUUAAAAGCGAGCUGUCGUUGCCGCUGUUCGCGACGCUAACGUUCCGUUGAACUGAGGAGAGCACAACUGUUAGCUAACGUUAGCGGCAGCCAGCCUCAGGGAAGAAUGACGGCGGUUCAGCUCAUUAAUAUCCAACGGUUAUUGGAAGCUGCAGAAUAUCUAGAAAGGAGAGGAAGAGAGUGUGAACACGGAUAUGCUUCGACAUUUCCGUCAAAUCAGAACACAAACUACCAGAGGCAAAGAAAAUUCCGAAAUAAGAAGUUCAGCAGUAACCAUAACAGGUCCACACAUAAUGAGCUGGAGAAGAAUAGACGAGCUCACCUGCGGCUGUGUCUGGAGAGGUUGAAGGCCCUCAUACCCCUGGGACCUGACUGCAACCGCCACACGACCCUGGGCCUGCUCAACAAAGCCAAAGCACACAUAAAGAAACUUGAAGAGACAGACAGGAAGAGCCAGUACCAGCUGGAGUCUCUGGAGCGCGAGCAGAGGCACCUCCAGCGCCAGCUGGAGCUGCUGAGGGGAGGCAGCGGUGCUGCAGCCCAGAGCAGCCCAGGGGAGGGGGAGAGGAUACGCAUGGACAGUGUGGGCUCCACCCUCUGCUCUGACCGCUCUGACUCUGACCAAGAGGAGAUCGAGGUGGAUGUGGAAAGCACGGAGUUCUCCCAUGGAGAGCUGGACAGUGUGAGCACAGCCAGCACCAGCGACCUGGACGACCACAGCAGCCUGCAGAGCAUGGCCAGCGACGAGGGCUACUCCUCCUGCAGUGUCAAACUUGCCUUCUCCUCCUAGAGCCCCACACCACCACCACCACCACCACCACCACAUCCCUGCCAAACCUGCCUGCCCUCCCAUGCGUUUAUCCAUCUCGCCACGCCUACAUACAUACGCCGAGUCGCCUCCGACGGCAGGCACGCGCCCAGCUAACGGGCUCCUGUCCCCCCUGCCCCUCGGCAGCGCCCCCCCCUCCUGCUCCUAGCCUUUAGUUUGCCCGCACUGCUGAACCCCCUGUUGGAGGAGCUCCACCCAGAGCUCCUCCUCACCUCUGAACUUUGAGCCUCCCCGACUGACACCAGGGACCCAAACACAGUUAUGUGAGACUGCCAGUUGGUUUUAAUUCUCCUCCAGGGAGCUCAGAGACUUAAAAAAAUAUAUACAUCAUCUUAAUUUUGAAUGAUUUUACUUCCUUUAUUUCCUCGAACUGUCAAAUGUCAGAUUUUUUUUUUUUAAAGAUAGACGACCCCUAAUUUGAUCCAAAAUGCACUUAAAUUCUUCUGAUAAUGACAUGGUUGAGCGUUUCUGUUCGGGUGUCUCUCCUGUGGGUGUGUGUGCUUGUGUGUGUAGCCCAUCUUAACAUUCUGGCGUUGGGCCGGGAUAAACGGGAGCACAUUUAAUCUGGACUUAAACGAACACUGUGGGUGAACUUUGCCAUAUCAACAGAGCUUGGCCCAGAUAAACGUCCCCUCAGCCCUGAAUUGAAUCCUCUGUCUUAUCGUUUUGUUUUGUUCAGUACCUCUCCUCGACACCGCAGAAGCUCAGACACUCGAACUGGUGCUAUUGUGAAACAAACCAACGGGGAAGCAGAUCAGACCCACAGCCACCGAGCUUUUAAAGCAAACAGAGUGCGUCUGCCGUGAUUGCUUCCAACCAAGCGCGGAGGGAAACGACCACACAAAAAAAAAAAACGGAGGGGGGAAAAAAAGCAUUCCUGUCGAAUGUGGGUGCUCGAUGCAUUUUCAAAGAGUGGAAAUUGUGACGUGCGUGUGUGUGUUUUGUUUUGGUCCCCCUCCCCUCAACAAGCAGCUACAACAAGCUAUCCUGCACUUGCCUACUUUAGAGCUGUCCAUAGCAACGGCACAAAGAAGUGGAAAAAACAACACAAAAAAACAACAACAGCAACAAGGAAAAAGUCCAAACAACAACAAACUUUGGAGUAGAUGUCCAUCCUCUUUCCAGCAGCAACAAGCAAUAACUCCUUUAGUCGUUUUCGUCUCAUCAGUUUGAACUCCAUCCCGCUUUUUUUUUUCUCCCCUAAAGACUGUGUGACCGUCCAAAAAGCAAAUUUCAAUUUUUCUUUUUUGUACAUACAAAUAGUUUAAUAAAUUAAACUUUAAAAAUGAGUUUUAAAAAAAGGUAGAGCUCGUGGAUAGAACUAUUGCCUCUGUUACUGUUUGACCUGUGUUUAUUGUGCAUUUGAAAAUUGAUUUUGGGAAAGAUUUUAUUCUUCAGAGUGGCGGGCGGAUGCGGCAUGGACGCCAUCACUUUGUUGAGUCACGCUGGUGGAAACAUUGGAAAGUUACUCAUUCUGUCGCUGCGCUGACGAGGAAAGGCAAAACGUCUCCAACGCGGUGAAAACGAAAGAACAACCUCCCACCCAGCUGCGGAGAAGCGACCCAGCCGGACUUCUGUUGGAGAACGCUGAGUCUGUGUGGCACUCUUUUUAUUUAUUAGAUUUCCUUUCUCUUGUUUAUAAUGUCCAUGAAUUGGGGGGGAGGGGUCGGGGGGGCUGUAUAUGGCAUUCCACUGGUGGUCAGGUGAUCUGUGGAGGAAACGUCUGAAGUGUGAGGAGAAGAAAACGGGUGUUAUGAUGUCAAUGUUCGCCAUCCAAACUCCACUGGCAUUAAGAAUUGCACUUCAGCCACAGUUCUCUGUAUUUUGUCUCUUUUCUUUUCCGCUGUCAUUUCCUCUCAUGGAGCUCUCGUGAAUCCUUUUGUAUGUGAAAGAAAAAAAAAACACCGGCCUUUUAAAUAUUUAUUUCUCAAGCCCUCAAAGAACACAAGCAAUGGGGAAAAAGAAGUUAACUUAUUUUGGUUCUGUCUUAUAUUACUCCUCUUUUUGAUGCUUUUCCUCAUUCCUUAUUUAAGACGUGUAUAUUUUAUGUU